GAUCAAAACUGUCUUUAUUCUUUAAGAGUAAGAGCUGGGCGUGGUGGCUCACACCUGUAAUCCCAGCACUUUGGGAGGCUGAGGUGGGCGGAUCACGAGGUCAGGAAUUCGAGACCAGUCUGGCCAACAUAGUGAAACCCCGUCUCUACUCAAAAUACAAAAAAUUGGCCAAGUGUGGUGAUGGGCGCCUGUAAUCCCAGCUACGCAGGAGGCUGAGGCAGGAGAAUCGCGUGAACCCGGGAGGCGGAGGUUGCAGUGAGCUGAGAUUGCGCCACUGGACUCCAGCCCUGGCAACAGUGCGAGACCACGUCUCAAAAAAAAAAAAAAAAAAAAAAUAUAAGUAUAGGCCGGACACAGUGGCUCACGCCUGUAAUCCCAGCACUUUGGGAGGCAGAGGCGGGCAGAUCACGAGGUCAGGAGUUCGAGACCAGCCUGGCCAACAUGGAGAAACCCCGUCUCUACUAAAAAUACAAAAAUUAGCUGGUGUGGUGGUGUGCACCUGUAAUCCCAGCUACUGGGGAGGCUGAGGCAGGAGAAUCACUUGAAUCUGGGAGGUUGAAGUUGCAGUGAGUGGAGAUCGUGCCAUUGCACUCCAGCCUGGGCGAUAGGGCGAGACUCCAUCUUAAAAAAAAAAAAGUAAGAGGCCGGGCGCAGUGGCUCAUGUCUGUAAUCCCAGCACUUUCGGAGGCUGAGGCGGGCAGAUCAUCUCAGGUCAGUAGUUCCAGACCAGCCUGACUAACAUGGUGAAACCCCGUUUGUCCUAAAAAUACAAACAAUUAGCCGGGUGUGGUGGUGCACACCUGUAAUCCCAGCUACUCAGGAGGCUGAGGCAGGAGAAUCCGCUUGAACCCGGUAGGCAGAGGUUGCAGUGAGCCGAGAUCGCGCCGUUGCACUCUAGCUUGGGCAAGAGGAGCGAAACUCCGUUUCCAAAAAAAAAAAAAAAAAAAAAAAAAAGUAAGAAUAUACCCAGGCAGGAUAUUUAUAGAGGAAAUGCAGCAAUCUAAUAUUUAUCAUUAAUUAGAAAACUUUAAUUUGUAAUCUACCAAAACAGUGAAAACAAACAACCCUUCCCCCGCCCCCCAAUACAAACCCUCCGUUGGCUACUCCAGGGACAAGAGGCGUCACCAUCGCUAAGGAGCUGGUUAGGAAUGUCGGCUCUCCGACCCUAGCCCAGACUUACUGAAUCAGAAUGUGCAUUUACCACGACGACCAGGUCAUUACACGCAUUUUACAGUUUCAGAACCCCUGCUAUAGCCUACUGUACUUCAGCGCCAAUAUUUUGCUCAAAAUUCCCAGCUGGAACUGUGGCUCCCGGAGUCUUUCACCAGAUGGCAGCAGCCCACUCCUCCCUGUAGCACUCCCAUUGUUCCAGGCAGGAUUCAGCCGCAGGCUCCUCCGGAAGACCAGGGGCCGACGGGGCGGUGGCGGGGUCGUGCCCAGUGGGAGGGGUCGGGUCUGCCCAAUGGGUUCUCCCGGGCGGGGGGCGGGGCUCUAUUUCAGCAGCUCUCAGGGCCUUGUGCUCAUCCCGAGUCCCGGGCUCAGUAUGUGGCGCCUGCCACGCGCGCUGUGUGUGCAUGCUGCAAAGACCAGCAAGCUCCCUGGACCUUGGAGCAGGCCUGCCGCCUUCAUGUCCACUCUCCUCAUCAAUCAGCCCCAGUAUGCGUGGCUGAAAGAGCUGGGGCUCCGCGAGGAAAACGAGGGCGUGUAUAAUGGCAGCUGGGGAGGCCGGGGAGAGGUUAUUACGACCUAUUGCCCUGCUAACAACGAGCCAAUAGCAAGAGUCCGACAGGCCAGUGUGGCAGACUAUGAAGAAACUGUAAAGAAAGCAAGAGAAGCAUGGAAAAUCUGGGCAGAUAUUCCUGCUCCAAAACGAGGAGAAAUAGUAAGACAGAUUGGCGAUGCCUUGCGGGAGAAGAUCCAAGUACUAGGAAGCUUGGUGUCUUUGGAGAUGGGGAAAAUCUUAGUGGAAGGUGUGGGUGAAGUUCAGGAGUAUGUGGAUAUCUGUGACUAUGCUGUUGGUUUAUCAAGGAUGAUUGGAGGACCUAUCUUGCCUUCUGAAAGAUCUGGCCAUGCACUGAUUGAGCAGUGGAAUCCCAUAGGCCUGGUUGGAAUCAUCACGGCAUUCAAUUUCCCUGUGGCAGUGUAUGGUUGGAACAACGCCAUCGCCAUGAUCUGUGGAAAUGUCUGCCUCUGGAAAGGAGCUCCAACCACUUCCCUCAUUAGUGUGGCUGUCACAAAGAUAAUAGCCAAGGUUCUGGAGGACAACAAGCUGCCUGGUGCAAUUUGUUCCUUGACUUGUGGUGGAGCAGAUAUUGGCACAGCAAUGGCCAAAGAUGAACGAGUGAACCUGCUGUCCUUCACUGGGAGCACUCAGGUGGGAAAACAGGUGGGCCUGAUGGUGCAGGAGAGGUUUGGGAGAAGUCUGUUGGAACUUGGAGGAAACAAUGCCAUUAUUGCCUUUGAAGAUGCAGACCUCAGCUUAGUUGUUCCAUCAGCUCUCUUCGCUGCCGUGGGAACAGCUGGCCAGAGGUGUACCACUGUGAGGCGACUGUUUAUACAUGAAAGCAUCCAUGAUGAGGUUGUAAACAGACUUAAAAAGGCCUAUGCACAGAUCCGAGUUGGGAACCCAUGGGACCCUAAUGUUCUCUAUGGGCCACUCCACACCAAGCAGGCAGUGAGCAUGUUUCUUGGAGCAGUGGAAGAAGCAAAGAAAGAAGGUGGCACAGUGGUCUAUGGGGGCAAGGUUAUGGAUCGCCCUGGAAAUUACGUAGAACCGACAAUUGUGACAGGUCUUGGCCACGAUGCGUCCAUUGCACACACAGAGACUUUUGCUCCGAUUCUCUAUGUCUUUAAAUUCAAGAAUGAAGAAGAGGUCUUUGCAUGGAAUAAUGAAGUAAAACAGGGACUUUCAAGUAGCAUCUUUACCAAAGAUCUGGGCAGAAUCUUUCGCUGGCUUGGACCUAAAGGAUCAGACUGUGGCAUUGUAAAUGUCAACAUUCCAACAAGUGGGGCUGAGAUUGGAGGUGCCUUUGGAGGAGAAAAGCACACUGGUGGUGGCAGGGAGUCUGGCAGUGAUGCCUGGAAACAGUACAUGAGAAGGUCUACUUGUACUAUCAACUACAGUAAAGACCUUCCUCUGGCCCAAGGAAUCAAGUUUCAGUAAAGGUGUUUUAGAUGAACAUCCCUUAAUUUGAGGUGUUCCGGCAGCUGUUUUUGGAGAAGACAAAGAAAAUUAAAGUUUUCCCUGAAUAAAUGCAUUAUUAUGACUGUGACAGUGACUAAUCCCCCUAUGACCCCAAAGCCCUGAUUAAAUCAAGAGACUCCUUUUUUAAAAAUCAAAAUAAAAUUGUUACAACAUAGCCAUAGUUACUAAAA